CGUCAAACUUGGUAUUAUUAUUGUCGUUGUGCCUGAACUCUCGCCCGCAGCAACCUAGGGGCAGCGUCCGCGGGUGCCCGCCCCGCCCCGCCCCACGCUCCGGACUCCGGAGGCUCCGCUCGCGGCCCCGCGCCGGACUCCGCCAUCCCGCUCGCGGUUGGAGCCCGGUGGCCUUCGCGAGACCCGCGACGCGCGGCGACAUGGCGGGCGGCCACCGCCUCCUGCUGGAGAACGCGCGGCAAGUGGUGCUGGUGUGCGCCCGCGGCGAGCGCUUCCUGGCCGGCGACGCUCUGCGCAGCCUGGCGGUGCUGGAGGGCGCCAGCCUGGUGGUGGGCACUGAUGGGUUUAUAAAAGCUAUUGGUCCUGUUGAUGUGAUUCAAAGACAGUUUUCUGAAGAAACUUUCGAAGAAAGAAUUGACUGCUCUGGGAAAUGCAUCCUACCAGGUUUGGUGGAUGCCCACACACAUCCCGUAUGGGCUGGGGAGAGAGUCCACGAGUUUGCAAUGAAGUUGGCAGGGGCCACGUACAUGGAAAUUCACCAGGCGGGGGGAGGGAUCAACUUCACGGUGGAGCGCACCCGCCAAGCCUCGGAGGAGGAGCUGUUCUGCUCCUUCCAGCAGCGGCUUCAGUGCAUGAUGAGGGCUGGCACCACGCUGGUGGAGUGCAAGAGCGGAUACGGCCUCAACCUGGAGACGGAGCUCAAGAUGCUGCGAGUGAUCGAGCGUGCCCGGCGAGAGGGGCGCGUCGGCAUCUCGGCCACUUACUGCGGGGCUCACUCAGUGCCCAAAGGAAAAACUGCCAAGGAAGCUGCUGAUGACAUCAUCAAGAACCACCUCCCAAAGCUGAAGGAACUUGGCAGAGAUGGGGAAAUACACGUUGACAAUAUAGAUGUGUUCUGUGAGAAGGGCGUCUUUGAUCUGGAUUCCACCAGGAGGAUUCUUCAAAGUGGAAAAGAGAUGGGGUUACAGAUUAACUUCCACGGGGAUGAGCUGCACCCAGUGAAGGCUGCUGAGCUCGGAGCUGAACUGGGAGCCCAGGCAAUCAGUCACCUGGAAGAAGUGAGCGAUGCAGGCAUUGCUGCCAUGGCAACGGCCAGGUGCGCUGCGGUCCUUCUGCCAACCACGGCAUACAUGCUGAGAUUGAAGCAGCCUCGAGCCAGGAAGAUGUUAGAUGAAGGGGUAAUAGUUGCUCUGGGCAGUGAUUUCAACCCUAAUGCAUAUUGUUUUUCAAUGCCCAUGGUCAUGCACCUGGCCUGUGUGAACAUGAGAAUGUCCAUGCCGGAGGCCUUGGCUGCUGCCACCAUCAAUGCCACUUAUGCACUGGGAAAGUCUCACACGCAUGGAUCUUUGGAAGUUGGGAAACAGGGAGACCUCCUUGUCAUCAAUUCAUCCAGAUGGGAGCAUUUAAUUUACCAGUUUGGAGGCCAUCAUGAAUUAAUCGAAUAUGUUAUCACUAAAGGAAAAGUCAUCUAUAAAAAAUGAUAGCCUGGAAGGAAAGAAAAGACACUUCCACUGAAUCAAAUAAGUCAAUAUAUCUAUAAGAGACGAUACCUUAGUGGUUAAUCAGGAUCAUGUCAUUUAAGCCUAAAUAUACUUCAUUGUAUUAUUAAUCCACUUGAAACCCCCAAGGGAUUGAUUUGAAUUGAGCAUGUGCACAUGGACAUAUAAAAAGAUAAACCUAUAGUGAUGAUAAUCUGAAAUCAUUAAAUGGUUUCACAAAGAUUGGUUACAAAUAUGUUGAAGAUUAAUAUAGGAGGGAAUCACAAAAACGCCUUUGUGGGAAAAGCAGACUUGAUUUGAAGUGUCCUUUUUGUUUCCGCAUCUCAAAUUUCAGUUUUAAUAUUAUAUUUGGUGAACAUAAUGAGAUGGAAGGAAAUCCAAGUGAUAUGCCCCAAAUUAAGCUACAAUAUACCCUUUUCUAAUAAGCAAACAGUAUUUUCUUUCCUUACACUGUUUGUCUUUCUAGAUGCUCUUCAGAUGAAUUAGUGUCCCCAGGGGAAGGUGUCCUUCCAUUUCUACUGUGUUCAACCCUAACAAUAAAGUGUCACAGCAGAA